AUGGGGAUAAUACAAGGUCUUUCCAUGUUUAUAUCGCUUGUCUUGUUUAUUUCCAUAUGUUCAGUUGAAGUGUAUGGACAAACCACUCCAUCGUAUGGGACCACCCUAGCAGCUGGUAGCUCUUGUAGAAACAAAUGCGGUUCAUCCAGUCCAGGGAGUGAGUGUAACUGCGACGCUGCUUGUGUGAUAUAUAACGACUGUUGCGCUGAUUACUUCACGGUGUGUCCAACUAACUGUACAGCAACAAUCGUGAUACGACCAGAAGGAUAUGUUGACGUCACUUCUCCGAAUUAUCCCAAUGAUUACCCAGUUAACAUCUUGUGUGAGUGGAUCGUCUAUUCGUAUAGUAAUUACCAAAUAUUCGUCAGGUUUCUGGACUUCCAGACGGAACCAAUUUAUGACCAGUUCUUUGCCGGCCAUGGUGACAUACCCUCCGAGGAAACAAGCGUCAUUUGGGAGCAUACGGGAAAUGACUUGCCUGACAACUUUCUGUCAAAUAGAAGCUCAGUAUGGAUGAGGUUCAUCUCGGAUUCGUCUACUACAUUCCGUGGAUUUCGAAUUCGACUGAAUGAUACGAUGAACGAGUCAUGUGCGGGGUUAUGCGGGUAUUACAACUAUUUUGAUGAUUGCAGCUGCGAUGUGUCGUGCGUAGAUAAUUGUUGUCCAGAUGUACAUGACAACUGCCAGAAUAACACGGUGAAUCCACCUCCUUAUAGCACGCAACCUACCCCAUUAAAUUGUUCUGCAAGUAUUGUUCUACCAGAAGGAGGAAGUGUUGACAUAAUGACGCCUAACUAUCCUGACGACUACCCAAAUAACGCAAACUGUGAUUGGUUUGUCUCCUCUCCUGGAAAUUACCGGGUACUCGUCGAGCACAACGAUUUCAAUACCGAGUCUAAUUAUGAUUUUUACUCUGCUGGUAAUGGGGAAAACGUUAGUCUAGAAAGUAGCGUCAUAUGGCAGCAUUCCGGACCAUUUCUACCUCGAAAUUUUCUGUCUGCUGGUGGCUCCGUCUGGCUUACCUUCGACUCUGAUAAUAGUAUAACGUCGAAAGGAUUUCAUAUAACUCUCCAUGACACUAGUCAUGGUUCGUGCGACGGAUACUGUGGUCUUUAUAACGAUAUACAUGGCUGUAGCUGCAAAAGUUCAUGUUUGCUGAAUGACGACUGCUGCUCGGACUACUUUGAAAUUUGUGGAGGUAACUGUACUGAGAAAAUCUUCCUCCCCUACCUUGGUUAUACUACUAUUACAUCACCAAAUCACCCUGACAACUAUCCCAAUGAUGCUAGAUGCGAGUGGAUUGUGUCGACAGAACUAAAGACCAAAAUCGACGUCACGUUUCUAGAAUUCGAAACAGAGGAGUGCUGUGACCUUUUCUUCGCCGGUGAUGGCAUCGAUCCGAGCAAAAACAACUCGGUUAUCUGGGCCUAUGGCGGCUCUGUUCCACCGGAUGACUUUUUAUCCCAGGGCGGUAGUGUGUGGAUGCGUUUUUUAUCAGAUUCCCAAAUAACUGCCCCAGGGUUUGUUGUUGCUCUACAAGAUAUUGGUGUCGGUUCUUGUGAAGGAUUCUGCAAUAGAUAUAACACGCGACAUAGCUGCAACUGCAUGUACGACUGCUUCGUUGACGAAAGCUGCUGUCCGGAUUAUUUUGAACAAUGUGCAGGUAACUGCACAGAACAUGUGACCAUUCCGAAAGGCGGAACAUUCGAAGUUACCACGCCGAAUUAUCCGAGUGAUUAUCCUAACCACUCCAGAUGUGAAUGGAUUGUAGAGACCGAGCGAGGAACUCAAAUUGAAGUUGAAUAUUUAGACUUUUGUACAGAACCUGAUGUUGAUCUAUACUUUGCGGGGAACGGUUAUACGCCAGACUCAACUUCCAGUGUCAUAUGGGCCUACUCGGGUACCCUGAGACCAGCGGACUUUUUGUCAACUGCCGGGGCUGUGUGGAUGCGAUUCUUCAGUGAUAGUUCCGUGACAUGCAAAGGUUUCCGUGCUCUCCUCACUGACAUAGAUGGCGGUAAAUGCGAAGGAUUAUGUGGUACUUACAACGUAGAUCAUGCAUGUAGCUGUGAAGUCGGAUGUGAAAUUUCUGGUACUUGCUGCGGUGACUACUUCGAAGUGUGCGGAGGAAACUGUACGGAAACCAUUGUAUUGCCGUACCUUGGAAGCGUGGAUAUAACAACGCCAAAUUAUCCAAGUAACUACCCAAACAACGCCCGCUGUGAAUGGAUUGUAAUUGGGCAAUUCACUGGUAGAUUAGUCGUUACUUUCAAUGAUUUCUCAAGUGAAGAAUGCUGCGAUAAGCUGUAUGCUGGCAACGGUGAUUCACCAAGUGAGGAAUCAAGUGUAAUAUGGGGCAUAGUGGCUUCUAUAGGCGACUGCGUCGAUACUGUAAGUCUAUCGUGGGGUGAAAGUUAUAACUGGACGUCACCCAACUACCCUGCAAAUUAUCCAGACGAAUCCCGAUGUCAAUUACUUAUUAAUACCACAGAUGCGAAGGCAAGGAUGAAGGUACAAUUUCACCAUUUCAAUACGGAGCAGUGCUGUGACUUCUUUUUUGCUGGGAACGGAGACGAACCAAGCCAAAAUACCAGCGUGAUAUGGGCGCACUCCGGCGACGCACUACCACUUGACUUCAUAUCCACCGGCAAUGAACUUUGGUUCCGGUUUAUAUCGGACUUCGCCUAUGCGUUGGAAGGGUUCCAUUUAACCGUUAGCUAUCUCGAUAUUGGUUCGUGCAAAGAUAUGUGUGGAAGCAUCAACGUUGAAUACAACUGCAGCUGUGCCGAAAACUGUUCAAGAGACGGCUCUUGCUGUCAUGAUUACUUCGAGGAAUGUGGAAAUUGUGGAGGAACUUUAUUCGUGGGGCCAGGUGAAAAUGUCGAUAUAAUGACUCCGAAUUAUCCCUCCGAUUACCCGGCUAUGGCAAGAUGCGAAUGGUUUGUGCACAGUACGGAUGGCAAUCUACUCUACGUGGAAUUCGUAGAUUUUAAUACCGAGUCAUGCUGUGAUUUCGUGUACGCCGGAAACGGUAUUAUUCCCUCCGAAGAUACCGCCGAAAUUUGGAGGCACAGUGGAAGCACUCCGCCACCAAGCUAUAUUUCUGAUGAUCGAACAAUCUGGAUGCGUUUUACGUCCGAUUCAUCGGUGCAUCGUCGUGGUUUCCAUGCAGUAGUGUACCAAGUCCGUAAUUGUAGCCAGACAUUACAAGUACCGACAGGCGGUAAAGUGGAAGUUUAUUCACCUGGUUACCCGAAUUCAUACCCUCCAAACACCGUGUGUGAGUGGAUAGCCUAUAACCAAAAGCCGGGGAACAGAAUCAACGUUCUCUGUAAUUCCUUCAAUACCGAAUCUGGGUAUGAUUUCUUUUUCGCCGGUAUAGGAGACGAACCGAGCAACAAGACUAGCGUAAUCUGGGCACAUUCAGGAAAUACCUGCCCCACGAAUUAUGUUGGUGAUGGCUCCGUGUGGAUUCGUUUCAUAUCUGAUGACAGCGUGCAAUACGAAGGAUGGCACAUCAGUCUCGUUGAUGCAGUACAGUCAUCACAGGCUGACACAUGCGGUGUGCAAGAUAUACCGCCAAGGAGAGUCCCAUCCCUUGAAGUGCCUUCCGUUAACAUCGUUGGUGGCUACGAGGCAGUACCACAUAGCUGGCCAUGGGCAGCCCAGAUGAAGGGACCGCUAGGAGGCAGCUACUGUGGGGGUACUUUGAUUGACCCCGACUGGGUUCUGACAGCUGGUCACUGCGUUGAUGACCCAGCAUCGACGAUGACCAUCCACGUGGGGUCACACAAUAGAGACUCCAGAGACGACGGUGAACAAGCUAUUGGCGUCGAAAAAGUCUUAAGGCAUGAAAGGUAUAACCAAUUCACAUUGGCUAAUGAUAUAGCUCUACUUAAGCUAUCCAAAUCAGCGGUCCUGUCUGAAACCGUUGAUAUAGCUUGUGUUGCAGAGAAGAACUACGUACCAGGGACCGAGUGCGUGGUCGUUGGAUGGGGAGAAACGGAAGAUACAGCUAACGAUUUGGUAUUGAAUCAAGUGGUUGUUCCUAUUAUAUCAAACACUCAGUGCAACAGCCGUACUUGGUACAAUGGUGAAAUCACCGAUGACAUGUUCUGUGCCGGAUAUGAAGAAGGUGGAAAAGACUCUUGCCAGGGAGACAGCGGCGGUCCGUUGACAUGUUUGAGGGACGACGGUGCCUGGGACUUGUUCGGUGUGGUAAGCUGGGGCUACGGAUGUGCUGAACCAAGAAAACCUGGUGUUUACACGCGUGUCCCAUCGUACGUCGAUUGGAUCGAAGAAACUAUUAGAGCAAAUUAA